AAAAAAAAAGUUUUUGCAAUGAGCCAAAUUAGAAGUGACAUUUUAUAUACUCGUAAAAUAAAAGAAACUAGAGAAUGUGAACAAGAAAUGCAACGGCUUCAUAUAGCUGUACCAAUUCCUAAUAAUGAAGAUAAAGAACUUGAACCAGAUAGUGAUGAACUUUAUCAAGUUAGUGAUGAAGAUAGCAAUGAAAUAAAUUCUAAAGAUAAUAAUAAAGUAAUAAUUAGAGAAGAAGAACAAAGAUGA